UGGAAGACGAGUUUCUCACAAGGCCGUUCGAUAGAUCUAUGAUUAGUGAGAAGAUUGGCAAUCUUCUCGGCGAGCAAUUGCGUAAACUACGCAGUGUACCUCCUGAAGACCCUAACCAUUUUGGACGUAUUAAUGGCAGAGCAUACACGCGUAUGUUGUCAAGGUAUGGUGGCACAGAGCCAGACUUGACGCACAACGGCCCGUUUAAUUAUGAAGAGCUGGUAAAACAUUUCAUCAUGGCCGGAAGGGUUCGGUGCGCUGUGGAUCAUUAUUGUUGGGGUAAUUAUGACCCAGAGGAAGAUAUAUUGCAGCAGCGAGCGACGUCUGUACUUAUCGACAUGGCGGAUGCUAAGGAUCGUGUCCCUGUGCUCUCCCGUACGUCGCCAGGUUAUUUUCUUGUAAAGCUUAUUCGGGAUGAGACAGGGCGUCCUAUCGAUGUAGAGGAAGUGGUUUUGACUAAUUGGGCAUGCAUGGCAUGGGUGCCUUCCUGGUACGAACAUAGCCAAGGGUGUUUCCAUAGUAUGGACCAUGCAAUUAAGUUAAGACAUCGCCGCCUCGAACCAAGUUGGGGCAAUCCACAUUUGUUCACCAGCGUCUAUAGACAUGCCAGGAUAUCUAUGGGCGAAGUGAAUCCAGGUAUAUAUAGUUAUCCGCUUUCAUCACAUCUUCCGACUUCGCUAUCCAUUCUCUCAUGAGAAUGGUCUUCCACCAGAUUCCCAUGUCUGGAACGCCAAUCACUCAAUCGAUUAGUUGGGACACUGCUUCACAAGUCAAAUGAAAAUGGGGGUUGUCUUUGGAUGAAAUAACGUGUCAUAAACAGUAUUGAGAGGUGAGGCAUUAAGAUUUAAUGCCCUGGUAUCAUAUAUACAACCUUUUUUUUAUCACAGUCGCACUAAUUUCUUUUUUGUCCUUCAAGAACUCCCUGACAUUGGAAAGGCCGGUAACGCCGAG